AUGCGAAGUUGGAGAAUACCGCUGGCGGUAGCCCUAUUGAGCGGUGCAUCCGCGCUAUUCCUCUACGCGUGCACCACUUUCCGGAGAGGGGAAGACGGGGACAUGCACGGCAGCCUAACCAUAGGCUUCGAAGAUGGGUCGUGGAGAACGGCCAAAGGUGGGAGAGGCCGGGAUGAAGAGGUUUCGUACUCGGUCAUCGUGGUGGCUUCAAAUCCCCGCCCGUCCAACCUGUUUCGCGACAGGAAGAGGGUGAAAGCGCACAGCAGAGGCGUCAUAUCGGUUCGAUUCGCCGACCCAGUCCCGCGGAACUUUGUCGGAGAGCACGCGUUUGGCGUUGCUCACGACGAGCGGGCGGAACGGCGUCUCAGGAUGAUUCACACCGCGGAUCUCGUCGACAAAGAUCAAGCUCCUGAUCCAAACCAGGAACCUCUAUCUCCCCACCAAGCUCCCGGGCGCGUGCUGGUCAAACGUUGCCCGCAACUACCCCUACAACAGACCGAGGUAGACCCCGAAACCUCCAGCCGCCGGGCACGUUUGGCGGAGGUCGUUUCCGACUACCAGGCUCUGCAUGCGGACCUCGAAAUCUACGCAAGCACCGCGCCAGACCUGAACGCUUCGCAGUGGAGAGACCUGCUGCUGCGGUCGAGGUUCACCGUUUCUCCUGGGGGGCACAACCCAGAAACUUUCCGAACCUUCGAGGCGCUGGAGGGGGGGUCGAUUCCGAUCAUCUCGAAGAGCGACUACACGGACCCGGCUUUCCACAAAGAAAUAAGAGUGGAGGCCUGCGGGACCGGGGAUGCCGCCUGGAACACCGUCGCCGCGUCGCCCUUCGCCCGAGCAGUGUCCGUCGACACCUGGGAAGAUCUGCCCGAGCUGUUGGACCGCCUGCAUGCAGAGCCAGAUAGUUUCCUUGACCGCCUUCAGGCUGAUUGCGGUGCGUGGUACGACGCGCUCAUGAACAGGACGUACGCGAGCUUGCUCGACUUUGGCGACGGGUUAGAUCUGUGGCCCCAGGCAGGACCCAUCCUCGCCGACUACCGCAAGACCCCCGGGCCCGGUGGACUGCCUUGAGAAACUCGUCUUGCUCCUACCUAGCCCCGGCCGGAAGCUUGUUGCGGAGGAAAUUCUGGCCAGCUGCAGCGUGGGGGGUCGAGGCAACGCGGCGGCCCCGUCAGACGUACCAAGCGGGUUGUCUAUACCAAGAUCUCUGAAUUUUGCGACUUCAAGCGGUCCACAAAAACUGUCAUCGUUGGUGAUAUUGAUCGAAGAUCAACAUCGGCCGGCGCCCAUCGUGACCUAGUUGGUGAC